AUGGUUGUUUCACGGUGUCCAACUAAGCACGAGUAUAAAUUAUACCGCGCUUCUUUGCUGAAAAUAAUUCAUAAAAAAAGGAAUAAAGAGUUUGUUCAGGUCCUCAGAGAUAUAAAAGCAGCUCCUAGAGGCGCUGGACCUAGUCACUUAGCAAGGUUUGAUGAAAUCCUGAAAGAUCACCCACAGCUGCUUCUUGGUUUCAUUAGCUUCUUUACCAAGGCUAUGAUCGGAUCAGACGUCCCUCCCGAUCCUAAAAAGUUAGGCCCCUUUGAAACCAUUCAAACCAUGGUUGGCAAAAGAGUAUCACCAAUAUCAUUAUCAACGGUGCUUACUAUGGAUGCUGCACUUGACUACAUGGAGGAUGUGCAAGAAGCAUUCCAUUAUCAACCUGAAAAGUAUGACCAGUUUAUUGAGAUAUUGCUUACAGCUCAUACAGUUGAUGAAGCAGAAAGUGCACUUGCAAGAGUGGAGGAGCUCAUGAUAGGUCACAGGAAUCUGUUUCUGGAUUUCAGUGUCAUCCUUGCAGCUCAGCCUAAGAUUACAAUCCCUCCUAAGAAGAGAAGAAGACGUGCCAAGAGAGUUGAUGAUGCAGAAAGUGCACUUGCAAAAGUGGAGGAACUCAUGAUAGAUCACAUGGAUCUGUUUUCUAAAAUUCAGUGUCAUCCUUGCAGCCGAGCCCAAGAUAACAAUCCCUCCGAGUGCGACUCCGAGUAA